UCGUCAGGGGAAUGAUUAGAUAAGUCAGGUGAACGUUACGGACGAGUCCCAAGAUCCACGACCAUAAGAGGUCGAGCUGUCUUCGGAGAGACUUCUGCGCCCAGCAUUUGUAACGGAAAGUUUCACAAGGAGAAUUUAGAAUUACACAUCUCUGACACGGUGUCGCAGACGAGAGGGUUGUCAUGGGGAAGUGCGAGAAGAAAGGCUGUCAUCUCAGCCGCUGCUGCUGUUUCCUGCAUAUACUCUACUUAUUCAUCUCAACAGCGGCUGCAGGGUUCUUUGGAUUAGCCUUUCUCUACAAGAAUAAUGCGGAAAUGGCUCCUUACACUCUCACGGAAACGGUCUACUUUAAUAUCAACGACGUCGUCCCAAAGGAAGGAACACCAAUGAAGGAAGACAUAGACUACCGACUUCCCGAGGCUUUGAAACCUUUUCAUUACACAUUGAAACUUCAGCCUCUCAUCUACGGAAAUCGGAGUGUACUUGGGUCUGUCUCCAUAGACUUCGAGGUGAAAGCUCCUGCCUCAAACAUCACGCUACAUAUCGCCGCUAUAAUCACGAAAAACGAAACAGUCAAGGUGGUACCAUCUGAUAAUCCCCUGGGCCCAGCAAUACCCAUAACACGGCAGUACUAUGAUCCAGUUAGACAAUUUUACAUCGCAGAACUGGGGUCUGAAUUGGAAAGUGGGAAGAAUUACAGCAUAUCUAUGGAAUACGAGGCAUAUCUAAGUGAUGAACUCCGAGGAUUUUACUUGUCAACUUACCAAAGCGAGGCUGGUGAAGACAGGUACCUGGCAGUGACACAGUUUGAACCCACUGACGCAAGGCGAGCGUUUCCCUGUUUUGACGAACCUGCCAUGAAAGCCCGCUUUGACGUCUACUUGGGAAGAAGCGAAUCCAUGACUUCCAUUUCAAAUAUGCCUCUUCUGGAAACUCUCCCUCUAGAAGGACAGGAAGGCUGGUACUGGGAUCACUUCUAUCUUAGUGAACCCAUGUCAACUUAUCUGGUGGCUCUUGUUGUCUCUGACUUCGACUACAUUGAAUCGCCCUACGGGACUGAUGUUCUCUUCAGAGUAUGGGCUCGCCAUGAAGCCAUCAAUCAGUCUGAUUAUGCACUGAGGAAAGGUCCGGAAGUCCUGUCUUAUUACGAGAAGUACUUCGGCGUCCCUUACCCGCUGCCCAAGCAAGACAUGAUCGCCGUUGGGGACUUCGCUGCAGGCGCCAUGGAAAAUUGGGGUCUUAUCGUUUACAGAGAGACGGCCAUACUGCUUGAUCCUAAGGUUGCAUCAGCAAGAAACAAGCAGCGUGUCAUGGAAGUGAUUGCGCACGAGCUGGCUCACCAGUGGUUUGGUAAUCUAGUUACUCCUAUCUGGUGGACGGACAUCUGGUUAAAUGAAGGUUUUGCCAACUUCAUGGAAAACUAUGGAAGUGAUCACUGUGAACCCACUUGGAAGAUAAUGGAACAACUCAUCGUUGAUGACAUCCAGAACGUAUUUGCCCUAGAUUCUCUAGAAUCAUCUCAUCCUAUCAGCAUUCCAGUCAGCAAUCCGGAAGAGAUAGGUCAAAUCUUUGACGAUAUUUCAUACGACAAAGGAUCCUCUAUCAUCAGGAUGAUGAAUAGCUUCCUGACUGAGCCAACCUUCAUGAAAGCUAUCAACUGGUAUCUCUCCACUUACAUGUAUAAGAAUGCAGACCAAGACGACUUAUGGGACGCUAUGACAAAAACUGCUCAUGAAGAUGGUACUUUACCACGUGAUAUGACAGUCAAGAAAGUGAUGGACACUUGGACUUUACAGAUGGGAUACCCAGUUAUAAAUGUGACCAGAUCACUUGAUGGGACGUCAGCUACUCUAACCCAGGAACGUUUCUUAUUAGUGAAGAACGAAAACUCUUCUGACACCCACGACUACAUGUGGUGGGUUCCUCUUACGUAUACCAACCAGGAUGACCCAGUCUUCACGAGCAACCAGACUGUGUGGAUGACUGACGAAGAAAAAGAGAUUUCCAUCGAAUCCCUUCCUUCACACGAUAAAUGGGUUAUUUUCAACCUCCAACAGAUAGGUUACUACAGAGUCAACUAUGAUGAAAAUAACUGGUAUCUCUUAAUCCAGCAACUCCAGACAGAUCACGAAGUCAUUCACCUCAUCAAUCGCGCUCAAAUAAUUGAUGAUGCUCUGGAUUUGGCCCGUGCUGGUCACUUAUCAUACAACACUGCCUUGAGCGUCAAUUCUUACCUGAGUAAGGAAACUGAAUAUGUUCCUUGGACAGCAGCUUUAACCAACAUGGAUUACUUGGAGAGUAUGUUUACUCGUACAGGUGGUUAUGGAGCCCUCAAGAAUUACCUACUGGACAUGUUAAUUCCACUUUACGAUUCAGUCGGUUUCGACGAUGACCUCGACGAUCCUCAUUUAGAACAGUUCAAGCGUGUGUCGGCUGUAUCCUGGGUGUGCAAACUAGGCUAUGAAGACUGUGUUACUAAUUCUGUCAACCUCUACAAAGCCUGGAUGCAGAAUCCAACAAACCACAGCAUUAUUUCCCCUAACCAGAAGAGAUCAGUGUUUUGUACAGCUAUUGCAAAUGGAGGAGAAGAAGAAUGGAACUUUGCCUUUGAUCAGUACCAAAAUUCCAAUUUCGCUACAGAGAAGGACUUCUUGCUUUCAGGAAUGGCCUGCACUAGAGAAAUCUGGAUUCUUACUAGGUAUUUAGACUUGACUUUCACCGAGGGCAGCCCCAUCAAGAGACAAGAUGCAGCUAGAGUUUACAGCGACAUUGCCCGGAAUGAAGUUGGAAGGGAUCUUGCGUGGGAUUACAUGAGAGAGCAGUUUGCCAAAGUCUAUUCAUUCUUCACUUCAUUCUCACAGCUGGGUGACAGUAUUUCGGCGGUGACUGAAGACUUCAACACCGAAAUGGAAUUGCAGGAACUAAUUGCUUUCAAGAACGAGCACCUAGAUGACCUCGGCCAGGCCACAAGGUCAGUUGACCAGUCCAUUGAGAGAGUCUUUACCAACAUUGAAUGGAUGAAUAAUUACUAUGACGUCAUCAUUCAGUGGCUGAAUGACCAUGGCUACCCUAGUAGGUUUAUGCGCUAAUGUAGUGAAAUAAAGUCAUGUUAAUUCACA